UUCUUAUAGUUUCAGUUCCUUCUCGGCCUUCUAGUUCCAGGUUCCGAGCCAAGAAAAAAGGCAAGAGAGAGAGAGAGAGAGAGAGAGAGAGAGAGAGAGAGAUGUACGCAGAAGCCGGGAUGCUGUCGCCCUUCAUGCAAAGCUUUCCACCAAUGGCCGAACAGCAUCUCCUUCCAUUCACAGAUCUCGAAGACUUUCUCACCACAAAUUUCCCUGAUGCUGCUUCCAACCCGACAUGUGCUAUCUCUGAAUAUGACCUGGGAGGAGAAGGAGAUCUGUUCAAAGCUCCAAAGCCCAUAUUAGAAGAAUCACUACUUGCAUUUGAUCCCAUGGCAGCAGCAAAUUCGAUGAUAUUUGGUGGUGAAAGUAUCAUCAUGGAAGACAAGAUUCAAAUAGCUCACAUGGAAUCAAUCCAAAAUGAAGAUCUAUUUUGUGAGGUCUUCUAUGACUGCAAAAAUGAUCUUCUUGCAAUAUCGACUGAUGCACCAGUUCCUGAGGCAGCAGACUUCAUGCUUCCUGUGCUGCAGACUGAAGAAGUUGCGGUUGGAGAAAACAAUAACAUCUUUGCAGAGGGGCCUUUGCAGAAGAGUGUCAGCUCUGGGUGUCUAAGGUCAGUAGACUGCACAAAUGGAUCUUUGCAGAGGGGCCUUUCCAGCACUGGACCAUGUUUACUUGAUGUUCACGAAAUGAAUCUUGAAGCUGCAUUUGGAAUGAGGACAUACAGUGAAGGAGAUAUCCAGAGUAUUGGAAUCAUCAAUAACUUAGUUCAUGGUCAUAUGAACAUUGUUCCUUCCUUUAAGCUUUUAUCAACAAAUGAGGGUCUGAAGAUUGAAGAAAGAAUCCAAAAGCUUUCCAGGUACAGGAAGAAAAGAACAAAAAGAAAUUUUCACAGAAAGAUCAAGUAUGCAUGCAGAAAGGCCUUGGCCGACAGUCAACCUCGUAUACGAGGAAGGUUUGCAAAGAUGCAGAGCAGUUGUGCGAAGACUGAGCAUAAUGAUGCUGCAAACUGUAGAAACAAGGAAUAGGGAUCGUACCAGGAAAGAGCUUGCAACUUGUAC